UAGCCUUUGAGCUUUUUAAUGCGAUGGUGUCCCCGCGGGAUCAAAUUUCAGCGUCACAGCUGAGGCCUGGCUUCGCGGUCCCUGAUGGGAGAUCAUGAACAGGUGGAAUGUGCGACCCUCUUUUGGCUGGCCUACCCCGGGACCCUGACUACUCUGUGUCCUGCCUCUACUCAACUUCCUCACCCUCCAGCGUGCGUUUGCCUGCUAACACAAAGUGCUCUUCCUUGGACAAGGCUCUGGAGUGUACAGCUCACUGGUCCAGGACCCCACAGCGGGAGACCUUGGGACGCCCUGCUUCUGGGGACAUAGUGAGGAGUGUAGACUGGAUGCCAGUGGUGGGCUCGGGGCCUCCACCACAUGGGGCUCCCCCCUUCCCCAACCCAGACCUGAAGAAGGAGUGCCGUAAUGACCAGGACGUUUUGAAGAGGCAUCACAACAUAACUAAGAAGCCCUUGGAGACCAGCUCUUCCAAAGUCAAAGCCAAAACCAUUGUGAUGAUUCCUGACUCCCAGAAGCUCCUGCGAUGUGAACUUGAGUCACUCAAGAGCCAGCUACAGGCCCAGACCAAGGCUUUCGAGUUCCUGAACCACUCAGUGACCAUGCUGGAGAAGGAGAGCUGCUUGCAACAAAUCAAGAUUCAGCAGCUUGAAGAGGUGCUGAGUCCCACAGGCCGCCAGGGAGAGAAGGAGGGGCACAAGCCGGGACCCUCUUUGGAGCAGGGCCAGCAGGAGCUUUAUGGGGCCCUGGCCCAAGGCCUGCAGGGGCUGGAGAAGACCCUUCGUGACAGUGAGGAGGUGCAGCAUGCCCGCACCACUCGCUGCCUGCAGCUGCUGGCCCAGGAGAUCCAUGACAGCAAAAAGUUCCUGUGGGAGGAGCUGGAACUGGUUCGGGAAGAGGUGACCUGCAUCUAUCAGAAGCUCCAGGCCCAAGAGGAUGAGAUCUCAGAGAACCUGGUGAACAUUCAGAAAAUGCAGAAAACGCAGGUGAAAUGCCGUAAAAUCCUGACCAAGAUGAAGCAGCAGGGUUAUGAGACAUCUGCCUGGCCGGAGACUGAGGAGAUACCACAGGGAGCCAAUGGCUGCUGGAAGGAUGACCUUCAGAAGGAACUGAGUGACAUAUGGUCUGCUGUGCACGUGCUGCAGAACUCCAUCGACGGCCUCACCAUGUCUUUGGGGGCUCGUUCCAAGGCCUCAAGCCCCAGGGGCCACAAGGGGCACCGGUACCUGAGCCAUCUACUCCCCUCCUGGGACUCUGACUCUGACUCUGACCAGGACCUCUCUCAGCCACCUUUCAGCAAGAGUCGUCGUUCCUUCCCACAUGCUUGAGCAGCCGGGACUGCUCUCCCUGAAGACCCCUCCAGAGAGAAAAUAAACUAGCCGAG